AUGAUGAAAGAAGACAUCAACUCAUGCACCAAACGGGUUUGUGAACCCUUCAAAGCCUUCGGAAGGAGAUGCACAAGGUUGGCUAAGGAGCAAAGGGCAAGGUUCUAUAUCUUCCGGAGGUGCAUCACAAUGCUUGACAGAGUUUUGGGGAUUGGAAGUUUUGGUGCUUUCUUCAACAAAUGGGUUUUGACUGAUGAGUAA